AUGACGACCCGCGUGCUUCGACGGAACAUCAGGAUCCUCGUGAUCAACCCAAACUCCUCGGAGGACAUGACGAGGGGCAUGGAGAGGGCUAUACAAGCAAUGCCCUUGCACGAUUCCCUCGAGGUCCACACGUACACGGCGCCGCCCGAGAGCCCGGCGAGCAUCGACGGCGACGACGACAUCCGGCUGAGCACCGACGUCGUGGUCCGGGACCUCGUCAACAGCGGCAAGCUCGACCAGUACGACGGCGUGCUCGUCGCCUGCUACAGCGUCCACACGCUUGUCGAGAAGCUCUCCCGCCAGUUCCACGCGUCCCUCGCCGUCACCGGCAUCUUCGAGGCGAGCGUCCUCACCGCGACGGCGCUCCUGCCGCACAGCUCGACCGCCUCGUACCUCUCGUCCAAGUGGGGCGUCGUCACCACGGGCGAGUUCUGGGAGGAGCACCUGAGCCGGGGCGUCACGGGCUACCUGGGCCAGAGGGACCAGUCCGAGAACGUCAAGUUCGGCGGCGUCACGUCGACGGGCCUGAUGGCCGGGGAUUUCCACCACGUCAGUCCAGCCGAGGUUAGGGCCAAGCUCGAGCUGGCCACCAAAAGGCUGCUCGGCAGCGGGGAUGUGCGCUGCGUCGUCAUGGGGUGCGCCGGCAUGGCUGGACUGGAAGAUAUCAUCCGCAACUCAGCAAUGGACGUUUACGGCGAGACCAAGGGCAGGCAGGUCUUCAUUGUCGACGGCGUCAAGGCCGGCAUUUUGCAACUGGAGCAAACGGUCAGAAGCAGGCGCUUGUUCCAAAUUUGA